AGUCCAUGAAGGUCUCCUCGCCAACACGAUUGUACGCCAAAAAAACACAACCCAGCAAUCAGAAAGAAUUACCUGGAACCCAUGUUUUAUUUACAGUAAAUAUAAUCUGGUCUGGUGGUAAGGCAAACUACUCUUUAUCUAUUUAAUUUCACGUUGGAAUAUUAUUGACAUCUUUCUUUCAAAAUAAACAAUUGCGUUUUCCACGCAUGCGCAUUUUCUGAGUGAAUGACGCUAACCUACUUUAUACAACCGGAUAUCAAAGAUACUAGAAACGGAUACUCAUUCGAACGCGGGAGUUACAUAAAAGAGGAGUUGUUUCUAUGUUUGGUCAAUAACUGACCGAUUGAGGAGAUAGCCAAUAUAGUAUCCUCGAAUACGAAGAAGUCCUCUAAACCUACGACAAUGUGUGGCCCAGAUAGACCCUGUCACUACACCCAAUUUGGAUUUGGUGGGGAGUCGGCAAAGAAAUUUGUAAAUCCUUUGUGUAAUUGGAAGUGGCAGCCUACUUCGUACAUUUUGUACCGCCAUUUGAUCGCCGUUUAUCAGCUGACUUGGUGUAUCCUGGUGAUAGUGGAAUGGGGUACUGAUCCACACUACUCUCCCGUCGAUACCAAAUGGAAAUGGUUAAUUUACAUAUCUGAUUGGAGUUACCUGUUGCUAACCUUGUAUUUCAUAUUUGCGGCUGUAGCAGUAACGGUGUACCAUGCGUGUAAUUGUAAUUCUUCUGACAAAGACCCAAGUAUAGAGCUGGCUGAACGAGGCGGCGGUAGUAACCAGAACAACUUCUACGAACCCAGCAUGCCGUGGUACUUGAAAUUUAUGUGGUUUUUGCAAGUGACAGCCUACAGCGCCGCAGUGGCCGUUACGAUCCUCUACUGGGUGUUGGAGUACGAUCCUCCCGGUGACAGCAUCCACGCAUACGGAGUCCACGUUCACGGAGUGAACGUAGUGCUUGUUCUUAUUGACCUACUCAUCGUCGCAACCCCGUACCGCCUUCUCCACUUUAUCUACCCAUCCUUGUAUUCAUUUGUUUACUUCGUUUUUACGGCUAUCUAUUGGGCUGCCGGUGGCCUCAAUCCGAACGGAAAUCCAUGGAUCUAUAAAGGUAGCCUGGAUUGGGAGACCGAUCCUGGAUUGUCAGCGAUCGUUGCCGCAUUAACUGUGGUUGUAGCUGCCCCUAUGUUACAGGUUUUAUUUUGGUUGUUAUUCAAGAUAAAGGAAUUUAUUUUCAGAAAAUGUUGCGGAAAUGGUGAAUUUGCUUAAACGAUUCAAUACAUCACCCUGAUAUAUGAGCUGUCCAAUGUUUAGAAUCUCAAAACAGCCGCAGCACACAAUGCACACGUUAGAGUACGAAUACAGGAAACAGUUUUUAGCCGGUAUUACUUAACUCCUAGAAGUUUUGGCUCUCUGUAAGUUUAACAGUAUCUUAUUGGGGUCUAUGUUGACUCGCAAGAGAGGUUUAGAACUCGAAUUAUACUCAGUAGACUUUAUGCAGUUCCUUGUUAUGUUUUAUUGUAUAUCACAAUCAAUCAAAUAUACAAAAUAUGCUGACUCUAUAAAGUCUCUCUUCUUGUUCUAAGUAUUCUUCUGAUCACUUUGUAUUAUGUAAACAUAAAACGUUUCCUCUCUACUAUCUUUCUAUCUCUAUCUCUGUGUUUUCUUCUCUGUCUCCUUAUCUAAUAAUUUCAUUCUCUCAUAUAUAUUUGGGACCAAAGAGGAAGAGCUAUAUAGAUUCCAAGAAGAUGGGUAAUGAUACAUCAUUGACUCAUCAAGUACCUGUUUAAGACACAUCUACUACCUGGGUGAAUAACCUUAGUUUCUUUCUGAAGUUGAAAUAAGGUAGGACUGGAAUGUACCUGCUGUUGGUGCCAAUGUGGGUUUCCUUGGAAUUUAUACAUGACAACAGCUCGACAAACAGCCCUGUAUUAGUUGAGGAACUAAGAAUUAUACAAUGGAAAUUCAAUGCAGUACUUGUAAAUAAUUACUUUAUAUAUUCACGAAGACGAUAGUUUUUAUAGGCUUCAUUAAUCAGUUAUUAGCUUUCGGUUUUGAAAUAUUUCCCUGGCAAAUUAUUGAUUCCUUCAUUAAUGCUAAUUAAGUAUAUGCAUACCGGUAAGUGAUGUCGUUCUCAUCUCUACAACUGGCAGUAUUGGGCCAAUUUAACGACAUUGGGUCACUUAAUUGAACAAAUUCAGUAGUUUAAAUUGUUUAGGAAAAUUCCCGUAUAUUGACAAAGACAGUAUAAGUAGGUCUGUCAAGCUUUAGUGCUGACUAAUUACCUUGUUUUAAUGAGGAGGUUUGGUAUACAUUGACCUACUAUGAAGUCCACGUAUAAGUAUGUUUCGGACUAAAACGUUUAAUUUUCGGUAAAACAGUAUCUUAUUAGUGUACUGGAAUUUUUAUUACAUAUUCAAGUUAUUUUUAUAUUUUAUAUGUUUAUAAUUCUUUAAAAAUACCCGAAAUACAUUGUAGCAGUCAGAGAAAACCCGUAUCACUCGUCGUGUAAUGUAAAUUAAUCCUGUUUAUUCAAAAGUGAAAUUUGUUCAAUUGACACUUGAAUCGUUAUUACUGAUAAUAAGCACUCUUGUAAUGUCAAGUGUCAUGACUAAAGUAAAUGUAUAUAUACACAAACAAUCAAGUAUCUUCUGAUUUGGUUUUAUAAAUCGUUUGUAUAAAUACUGUACUUAGAUUACCGUAUUUAUUCGAAGGGGCUUUUUUUUUUUCAUUUUUCAAGUGAGGCGUUUAUUUUUUAGUCUAAUAAUAGUACGGAUACAUAAUAUAUUCUCAGGUUACCGCUCCUUUAUUUAUUUCACCGGAAAUGUAGAGCUAAUUAACACAAAAUGAUUAUAAAAAAGUGUUAUUGUAUUAUCACGAUAGCGUAUAGAUUCUAGAGUAACAAUAAUUUGAUACUACUUGAAAAAGUAGUUUCAGACUGAGUAAAACAUUAGUGAUAGAAUGGUGUUGCUCCCAUUAUGUUUAUUCACGGCCUUCAUUUUUGGAGACGUUCUUGGGGAUGUGUUAACUUACUCGAGGGGAGUUUAAUGCUGUACAGACAAUCUUGAAUAAUAGACUAAAUUAUAAAAUACAGACUAAAUUUAUAAUAGGGAGCCUUCGCUUGCACGACGACGGUAGGAUGUGAACGUAAUGACGUCACUUUAAGAAGUCAUAUGCGCAUGCGCUGCGAGAUCGAGAAGUUCAAUACGGUAGGAUGAUCAGAUAAGAUAUUAUAAUACAUACUCCAAGUAGGAUGAUCACGCAUGAGUAAAUCCGUUCUAACGUCCCGUCGUUGCUCAGAUCGAAAGCUCCCUAAGCUUGGUUCACUUAAAAUCGCUACACUGUUGCAAUGUUUUCAUUGCAAUUGUAUACUGCGUAGCAGUCCCCGACACAAUCGGGAAGGCUCCCUGAUUCGACCGACCAAUCAGCACCACCGAAAACUGUCGGCGAUAGCGUGUAGCGAUGUUAUGGAAACCACGCUUAUCUUAUCUUGGCAUCUUGGUUUCCAUACAAUAAUAGGCAUCAUUAGUUUCCUGCAUGCCCGAUAGCGUUGGGGAUUGCUCCGCAGUACAACGAUUGCGUACCGUACCGACAUUGUAGCGAUUGUAUGGAAACCAUGCUUAAGCCUUAUUAUAUGCGUUGACAUUAAAUAGGCCUAUAGAAAAUUACGCUUGAACUACUACUUGUCAAAUAUGCUUUUUGUGUCUUGGAAAAAUCAGUGGUACUCCGGAGCCUGAGUUUAAGGCAUCGGAAAGACCUAUGCUAUUUAACGAUGGUGAGGGUUUUUAAUGGUUUUGUUCUAUUUUAGCCUAUACUUUUAUGAUCAGUAUCUAUUUUAAUUAUCUUCGUACAAACGGAUUUUUCACCAGUGAUGUUUGUAAAUAAUUUAACGAAUUAAAUAAGUUGUAAAUAUAUUUACCAGGUAUUAGAUAAUUAAAUACUUAAUUUUGAUAUUUACUGUAUUGAAUGGCAGUUGUGAUGUGAUUAAUAAUAAAUACCAUAUUAUUUUUGA